GAAAUGGCUUCAGAGUUGAUGUAGUCCUGUUUUGUAAACAAAACACCUGUUUUUUCGUUCAAUUCAAGGUUUUUAAAUUUCAAGAACAGAUUUGAAGAACAGGGACAUUUUGCAACCCCUGGAUUAUUUUCAUAACGCGAUAUGCAAAAUAGUCAGAAAGAUGACUGAUGGAGAUAAUUUCAGUACUACCUUAGCUUACACUAAAAGCCCUAAAGUUUCGAAAAGAACAACGUUUCAGGAUGAGCUGCAGGCAGCAAUUUCUGCUCGAGCAGGAAAGCAUAAUACCGGUACUGAAGAAACACAUUACUAUUCAGAUGACUUUGAUGAUGUUGAUGAAGAUGAUAUACUCAAAGAAUUUUUGGCAUCAAAGAAAAACAAAUCCAAUACGGGAAAAAAAAAAAAUAAAGCCAAUGAUUUUAGGUUAUCAGAUGAUGAUGCUGAUGAAAAUAAUGAAAAACCCAAGAAAGUGUCCUUUCUAAAAACCAGAAGAAAAAGUGCUUCCAUAUAUAUUGACGACUCCGAUCUUGACACAAAUAAUGGUGUGACAGAAAAACAUGGGAAACAAAAUAGCCAAAGGAAGUCCACUCCAUCCCUUCAAUCUGAAACGAGUCACCAGAUAUCCAGGAUUGGUAAGCAGUGGGAUUCUACAUCGUCUCUACAUUCAGAGAAGAGUCAGAAGUGGCUUAAAAGAGAUACUGAAGAGGAUGGAGAACGACCUACCCCACACCCCAGGGAACGCAGUCAAAGGAGCACAUCUUCUGCAGGCAGUCUCCAAGAAGAUGUUCCCAAGCCAAGGCCACAGGAAAGGAAUUUAAGUAGCAGAAAUGCAGAAGGUGGUAGCAUGGGACAAGAUGAGACAUCUUUGAGCAGACCACCUACAUCAUCAGCCUCUAUUCCCUUAUCCCAAAAUGGGAGGAGCAGCCAAACCUCAUUAUCAGAAAGAAAGGCAAACUCAAGGAGCCCUAGCCCUCAGAGUUCACAGCCAAAAAGCUCCCACGAAUCCUCCAUCUCUUCAAGGUUUAGUAGAUACCCUUCCUCUUCAGUUGAUGGGAGACUUUCAGACGCUUUCCUAAAGUCUAGAGAGGGAUCUUUCACAAAAGAGCGGGAAAACACAGAGGACAAGAAUGACGAAGCAGGAAAGAUGGAGAGUGAAGAGAAAUCUGGCACACUAAUGGAACUGAUGAUGGCUGAAGCAGAAGGGACCGGCAGACAGUCAUUAUCUCUUGAUACACAGGUUCACAACAACCACAGUGCCUCGCCACCCACACUCAGGCAGGAAAAGGAGCAGCAGAUUAUGGCUCAUGCAAUGACGCAAAUCUUACAGGACAAUACUCAGAGAACCCAGGAAGAAGUUGGAGAUGAGCAGGACAAUGGUACAAGUAAUUCAAGUCUUGUGAAUGAACCAUUAUCAACGGGCAGGCCUUUAAGUUCACAAACACAGAGCUUUAGGAAAGGAAGAAGCCCCCGUCCUUACACUGCAGAAUCUCGGUAUCUGGGGACAUUAAAAAUUUUAGACCAAAAAAAUCCUCAGGAGAAAACAAACCUUGAGGCAGCAGAUACAAUCAGAGCUGUGAUUUACCAGGAAUGGCUUAAAAAGAAAAAGCACAGUUCUCACGAACAGCUAAAAACUAAGAAGCUGGAGGAACAACUGAAAGAAGAGAAAAUAAAAAAGGAUGAGCUGAACAAAAAACAGGAGGCAAAGGCAUCAUUUGAAGCCUGGAUGCAACAGAAAACAAAAGUAAUAAAAGCUACAGUGAAGGAGAAAAUGGAUGAGAACAAGAAGAAACAAAAAGAAGAGGAAGAAAAAGAGGAGAAAAAGGAACUGGCAAAAAAGGUUUUUGAAAAAUGGAAGGAAGAAAAAGAUGAUAUUCUAAAAAAAAAAUACAUAAAGGAUAAACAAGCUGAGAGAAAUCUCAAACAGAAACAGGAAGAGGAGAUUUUAAAAAAGAAACGAGAAUCCGUUUCUGCAUUUAAUAAAUGGAAUGAGACAAAAGAAGACACUAUCCAUGAGAAGAUCAAGACUGAGCGCCAGCAAAAAAAAGUGAUGCGGGACAUGGUUAUGUCACAAAAGAAAGAGAAGGAUAAGAUGGCUUUAGAUACAUAUGAAGCAUGGCUGGUAAGGAAAGAAAGACAAGAGAAAAGAGAACAAAAGCAAAGAAAGCUACGAGCAAUUCUGCAGGACGAGCCCCCUCCUCCGUGGAGCCCCCCCAGUAAAACUGUACCUUUUGGGAAAUAACCAACACCAUUAGUGAGAUUGAUGUCAAUUGUUUUUACAGCCUUCAUUUUUUAUACAGGGAAAUAGUUGUUUCUAUCUUUUGUGUCUUAUUUUGCAAAAUAUAUAUUAAUUGUUCUGGUUAAAUCAGCAAGAAUGUUUUUUUUUUUUUUAAUUUAA